UUACUCAACAAAGUUCUCUUGAAAAAUUUGCGUUCCGAGAUUGGCGGUAACAUCAUUUUGUGCCAACUUCUAGAAAUAGAUUGGCAGGCGAUAGCUACAGCAAAUUUGAUAAAUUUGACCUAUAGACGAAAUCAAAUUACAGAAUGAACUAUUUGUGAAACUAUUUUACGUGGCUAAUCUUUUUGUGCGACGCCCGACACGAAGGCGUCACACUACAUUAUGCAACGCCUCACAGAUAGGCGCUACACGCCUGGCCAACGUUGUAUCCCAAACCGACUAAAAAUUGCUAAGUCAUUGUGCAGAGCCUACGAGCUAGGCGUUGCACUUUAUAGUAUGGCGCCUAGCUCUCAGGCGCUGCACUAGUGGUUGCACUAUAAAAUGAAGCAACCACUAGUGCAACGCCUGUGGCGCCUAGCUCUCAGACGUUGCACAUUGACUUAGUAAUUUUCGGAUUACAUGGAUGCGACGCUGGCCAGACGUGUAGCGUCUAUCUGCGAGGCGUUGCACAGUGUAAUGUGACGCCUUUGUCUCGGGCGUCACUCAAAAAAUUCAGCCGCGUGAAGUAGUUUCACGGGCAGUUUAUUCUGUGAUUUGAUUUCGUCCAUAGAUUAAAUUUGUCAAUUACCGACUGCUGCAGCAGCAACUUCACACUUUCCAGUCCACCGCUAGUCUCUGCCACUGCCACCAACCACUGAACAAACUAUACCUUCAGAUCUGUGCGCGGCUACGGCCAUGGAGUCCGGCGCCGACGAAGUAGUGUUCGACUGCGAUGACUACCGCAUAUACCGGAGCGGCCAGAUGGACCGCCUCUGUCGCCCGGCUCGUGUGCCCACCGGCCUCGACCCGGCCACCGGCGUCACGUCCAAAGACGUGGUCCUUGACUCCGACACCGGCCUGUCCGUCCGCCUCUUCCUCCCCACCAGCCGAGACCCCUCCAAGAGGCUCCCGAUCCUCGUCUUCUUCCAUGGCGGCGGCUUCCUCGUCGAGUCGGCCGUCUCCCCGCAGUACCACAACUACGUGGCGUCCCUCGCUGCCGCGGCCGGCGUCGUCGCCGUCUCCGUCGAGUACCGCCUCGCGCCCGAGCAUCCGGUGCCCGACGCCUACGACGACACCUGGGCCGCGCUAUCGUGGGCCGCCUCGAGCCAGGACGAGUGGCUCGCCGAGCACGGCGACAGCGCGCGCCUCUUCCUGGCCGGCGACAGCGCCGGCGGCAACAUAGUGCACAACGUCCUCAUCAGAGCGUCGUUCCAGCCGGCGCCGAGAGUAGAAGGCGCGAUUCUUCUGCAUCCUUGGUUCGGAGGGAACACGUUCCUCGAAGGUGAGGUCGAGGCGACGGCCAAGGACAUGGCCAUGAUCUGGGAGUUCGCGUGCCCCGGCGCGGUGGGCGGCGCGGACGACCCGAGGAUGAACCCGAUGGCGCCGGGCGCCCCGGGGAUGGAGAAUCUCCGGUGCGAGCGGAUGCUCGUGUGCGCAGGCGAGAAGGACUGGCUGGCGGCCAGGGACCGAGCGUACUACGCGGCGGUGACCACCAGCGCGUGGCGCGGGAGCGUAUGGCGUGGAGGCGUGGCGUGGUUCGAGUCGGAAGGCGAGGGGCACGUCUUCUUCCUCAAGAAGCCGGACUGUGCCAAGGCCAAGGAGCUCAUGGCUCGCGUCGUGGCGUUCAUCGCCGGAACCUGAGCCCUGAUCGGUGCGCGCACGCCGGCGCGGCCGCGGUGUGCUCUCGUUUCGUCACAAACGAACUGUAAGAGUGGCUUCGAUUCACAACGUAGAUCUAAUGUUACAAUCCGAUGGACUGGUGCAUGUAACGCGCUUGAUGAAGGACACAACAAUGGCCAUCUCCUUCGCCGCCUUCUCCGGCACGACGGAGUUGGAUCUCGCGGCUUUGGAGAAAUAAUACAUGUGACCCUCGCCCUC